CACUGUCAGUCACUGUGUGUUCGGCACGGUGACAGAUGUCUAUGGAAGAAGGUGGAAAAAAACACAAACCAAACAUAAUCUGAGAGUGGCGGCCAUCUUGGCUCUACUGGAUUAGGAAGGGAGAGAGUGGGAGAGAGGACGGAGAGAAGCCCGGCGGGGAGCUCUAAAGCUCGGAUGUUUCUUUGUGAUCAGUCCGGGACAGUUUACACGACGGACCCACUCCCACACUGCGGGAAUCUGGGCGGUGGUGUUUGCGGUUUGUGGUUUUCCUCCUCGGUUUCACUCCGGAAACCCGCAGGACUGCUAGCUGCGGAGCUAAGCUAACAGCCUGCUGUUCGUUGACCGAGCAGAGGUAUUCAUCGGCGGGUUGAAGCUCGGUAUCAUUCAGGCGGACUGUGGAGGACUCUGACCCGGGCCACACAGCGGGUCUUUGGUGAUCUCACACGGUGUCAUGGUCCGGAUAAACUGUCCCCCCGUGUUAGCUGGAGGAGAACCGUCAGGUCUGAAUAUGGAUAUUUAAUCCCGCUCUGAAACACAUAAUCCGGGUUCAUGGAUCAAACGUCUGUUUGAGAGACACUGACAGACCCGGAGAACAGAGCCCACAGUCUGGGCUCUAAGCUAGUCCCCCCCGAGAACUCCUCCAGCUCUGUGCCUGGGCUUGAGAUCACACUCACGGGCAGGACCCGGCUCAUCACCCGGGCUCAGUUCUUCAGGUGAAACCGAACAGACCGGAGCAGGUCAGCUGUUUGGACCGGGCCAUGCUGCACGAGGCUCAGCUGCUCUAACUGGACUUAAUCCAGAACCGUCUCCGAGCUGGACCUGAAGAACCAGACCUCAGGAUCCACCAUGGGAUCAGCCAUCAAAGCGGCCUUCAGUGUGUUCCUCAUCUCAUGCUGCUCAGGUGCAAUCCUCGGCCGCUCAGACACUCAGAGUUGUGUCCACUACAACUACAGCCCUUCGUCGCCCUCCUCCUCCUCCUCCUCCUCCUCCUCCUCCUCCUCCUCCCCCUCCUCCUCGUCCUCCUCGUCCUCCUCUUCAUCAUCAUCCUCAUCCUUAGGGUUGGAUAUUCAGGGGAACUUGAGUAAGGUGGUCACCUGCUCAGGUGAGAAAGACAAGAGACUUCACUGCUUUGCCACCUGGAAGAAUGUGUCAGGUCUGAUCCAGGUAGUCAAACAGGGCUGCUGGCUGGAUGAUGUCAACUGUUAUGACAGGGACGAGUGUGUGGAGAGGAAGGAUGCUCCUGAAGUUUUCUUCUGCUGCUGUGAAGGAAGUUUGUGUAACACCAAGUUCUUCUACAGUCCUGACCUGCCACCGACAACAACGACCAACAAACCAGUGACGCGGCGUCCUCCAGUGCUUAGCACGCUGCUGUACUCUUUGCUCCCUGUCAUGGCGCUCACCGCCAUCCUGCUUAUCUCCUUCUGGAUGUACAGACACCACAAACUGGCCUACCCACCUGUCCUGGUGCCCACACAGCACGCCUUUCACAUCAUGAUCGAGGACCCAGGACCCCUCCCCCCAUCGCCCAUCCUGGGACAGAAGCCGCUGCAGUUACUGGAGAUCAAAGCCAGGGGGCGCUUUGGCUGCGUGUGGAAGGCUCAGCUGCUCGACCAAUACGUCGCAGUCAAGAUCUUCCCCAUACAGGACAAGCAGUCGUGGCAGAACGAGUAUGAAAUGUUCACCUUGGUAGGGAUGAGACAUGAGAACCUGCUGCAAUUCCUCGGAGCAGAGAGGAGAGGAAGCCACCUGGACAUGGAGCUGUGGCUCAUCACCACCUACCAUGAGAAGGGCUCUCUCUCAGACUACCUGAAGGCGAACGUUGUCUCCUGGUCUGAACUUUGUCUCAUCGCUCAGACCAUGUCCCGAGGUCUGGCCUACCUGCAUGAGGACAUACCUGGGCACAAGGAUGGACACAAACCUGCCGUCGCACACAGGGACUUUAAGAGUAAGAACGUGCUGCUGAAGUCCAACCUGACCGCCUGCAUCGCUGACUUUGGCCUUGCUCUCAGGUUUGAGGCAGGAAAGUCUCCAGGAGACACACAUGGACAGGUGGGGACCAGGAGGUACAUGGCCCCUGAGGUCCUGGAGGGGGCAAUAAACUUCCAAAGAGAUGCCUUCCUGAGGAUUGACGUGUACGCUCUGGGCCUUGUGCUCUGGGAGCUCGCCUCCCGGUGUAAGGCUGCUGAUGGUCCGGUGGACGAGUACAUGCUGCCGUUCGAGGAGGAGGCGGGUCAGCAUCCAUCUCUGGAGGACAUGCAGGAAGUGGUCGUCCACAAGAAGCUGAGGCCGCUGCUUAGAGAGUGCUGGCAGAAACACACUGGUCUGUCCAUCCUCUGUGAGACCAUCGAGGAGUGCUGGGAUCACGAGGCAGAGGCGAGGCUGUCAGCAGGCUGCGUGGAGGAGCGUGUUGUCCAGAUGCAGCGGCAGAACAACAUCACGGCACCCGAGGAGAUUGUCACUGUUGUUACUAUGGUAACCAAUGUAGACUACCCACCGAAAGAGUCAAGCCUAUGAUGAGGCAAAGGACCAAUCAGGACAGAGCAUGGACCCCCACAGUGACUGCUCAGUCUCUGAAAAGACUAAGAUCAGCUGACCCAGCAGGUGAUCAGGUGAUCCAGUAGGUGAUCAGGUGAUCCAGCAGGUGAUCAGGUGAUCUGCUAAGGGUCAGGUGAGCUAGAGGACAGCUGAUGCAACACUCUCUCUCUCUCACUGGGCGAGAUACACUGGUGACAGUCUGUGACAUCAGUUCCUGUUUUGUAUUCCAAAAUAAAAAGCCUUUGUGUUAGGUCUUUUGUAUAAUGUGACGGUGUGAAUUUAACCUUCUGAGAGUUAACAGGGAGAGUGAGAGUGAGCGUGAGCAGAGUGAGAGUGAGCGUGAGCAGAGUGAGAGUGGUGAGUGUGAGCAGAGAGUGAACAGAGUAAGCAGAGUGAGUGUAAACAGAUUGAGCGUGAGCAGAGUGAGUGUGAGGAGAGUGAGUGAGUGUGAGGAGAGUGAGCGUGAGCAGAGUGAAUGUGAGGAGAGUGAGCAGAGUGAGUGAGUGAUCAGUGAGUGUGAGGAGAGUGAGUGAGUGUAAACAGAUUGAGCGUGAGCAGAGAAUGUGAGUGAGCAGAGUGAGUGAGUGAGCAGUGAGUGUAAACGGUGAGUGUAAGCAGAGUGAGUAUAAACUGGGUGUGAGCAGUGAGUGUAAACAGAGUGAGAGUAAGCAGUGAGUGUAAACAAAGUGUAAACCGUGUAAACAGAGUGAGCGUGAGCAGAGUAAAGGUAUUGUCUGAUGUGAAGCUGAAGAGAAACAGCUCCUGAAUUAGUGAAUCACUGCUGUUAGUAUAUACAGAUUAUUUAUUUAUAUAAACAAGUUAUUCACAUUUUCAGCUCUUCAGUGUGAUUCUCAUGUUAUUGAUUAUAUUGAUAAUGAAAGCUGUUAUUUUCUUUGUUCAACAUCACAUGAGAAGUGUAAACAAUAUAAACACUUUUAUCUGUAAUAUUUUAAAUGUUCUUUUUCAUCAUUUUCUUAAAAACAACAGAAGUUGGUAAAAAAAAUUACGUUUGAAACACAAACUGUAACAGUAGAAAUAAAUGUGUUAAAUCAUCGGUUAAAUUUGAACAUGUUUUCAAACACAACACUUUAUUAAACAUUUUCACUGUUUUCAAAGAUUUUAACAAAAGUGUAAUAAUUAUCAAUACAGGAAGAAAUCACUCUUACUGUCAGCAAAAACCAAGUCUGAUAGUUUCUUUCUUUCUGUUUGACCUCCACAAGUUUAAAAUGAAUCAAUAACCUGUUUUGAAACAUUAUCAGUUCCCUACACCAAAACAAUUUUCAAUACAAAUUAUCGAUAUUUAUAAUUGUUGUAUAAUGAUAAUGAAUAAAUCUAAAUGCAGUAUAAUGUAUGAUUAUUUAUCAAAUGGAUUUAUACGACAGAGUUUAAUAAAGGAUGGGUUUUAGUUGUUGAACCAACAGAUUUUAGAUUCUCGGCAUUGAAUAGCAUUGGCUGGCCUUUAAGUAAAUAACCAGUUUUUAGUCUAAAUAAACUUUAAAGUAUGUUUAAUGCUUAUAUAAAUAAAGAGGUAUAAUUAUGGAUUACAAACAUUUGAUGAUGAAUGUCGGCUCUACGUGUUCAAACAUUUAAUUAUUUUUCUAACCAUACAAAAGUCACAACUGGAUGGCAUCUUCUUUUUACCCAGCAUAGAUUUCUCUGAAUUUAACAUCAUUGAAUUCUCAUUGAUUUUCAUCUUAUUUUUCUCACCUGUUUUAAAAUAAUCAGUUUAGUCAGACUUUAAAGCUCCUGUGAGACUUUCUGUUUCAGUUGAUUUUGGAACCCUCUGUGGACAAAGCGGUUUUAUUUUCUGCUCUCUGUUAGUUUAUUAAAUCUCACUCUGAGUCUGUGUUACAGGAAGUCUGUUUCAAGAGUACGCUGUCAAACCUCUAAACUGACUCCGCCCAACUCGCAGCAGCUCAUGACACCAUGGUGUUUUCACCUGUUCCAUGUUCAGAGUGGUUCCAUGUUCAGACAGGCUCCAUGUCCAGAAAGGUUCAAUGUUCAUACUGGUUUUACACUGGUUCCAUGUUCAGACUGGUUUCACACUGGUUAGAUGUUCAAACUGGUUUCGGACUGGUUCCGUGCUCAGACUGUUUUUUAUAAUGGUUCCAUGUACAGACUUGUUUUACACUGGUUCCAUGUUCAGAGUGGUUCCGUGUUCAGACUGGUUCCAUGUUCAGAGUGGUUCCAUGUACAGACUUGUUUUACACUGGUUCCAUGUUCAGAGUGGUUCCGUGUUCAGACUGGUUCCAUGUUCAGAGUGGUUCCAUGUUCAGACAGGUUAUACACUGGCUCCAUGUUCAGACUGGUUUCAUGUUCAGACUGGUUCCAUGUUCAGAGUGGUUCCGUGUUCAGACUGGUUCCAUGUUCAGAGUGGUUCCAUGUUCAGACAGGUUAUACACUGGCUCCAUGUUCAGACUGGUUUCAUGUUCAGACAGGUUAUACACUGGCUCCAUGUUCAGACUGGUUUCAUGUUCAGACUGGUUUUACACUGGUUCCAUGAUCAUACUAGUUUAAGACCAGCUCCAUGGUUAGACUGGAUCCAUGUUCAGACUGGUUUUACACUUGUUCCGUGUUCAGACAGGUUCCAGGUUCAGAAUGGUUUUACACUGGUUCAAUGUUCAGACUGGUUUAACAUUCAGACUGGUUCCAUGUUCAGACUGGUUUCAAACUGGUUCCAUGUUCAGACUGGUUUCAGACUGGUUCAAUGUAUAGACUUGCUUUACACUGGUUCACAUUCAGACUGGUUUUACACUGGUUCACAUUCAGACUGGUUUUACACUGGUUCCAUGUUCAGACUGGUUUAAGACUGGUUUGAUGUUCAGAUUGUUUUCAGACUGGUUCAGACUUGUUUUGAUUGUUUUCAGACUGGUUUUCAGUCUGGUUUAGACUGGGUUCAGACUAGUUUACAGACUGGUUUCAGACUAGUUUUCAAACUGGUUCAGACAAUUUUUUCAGACUGGUUUUGACUGGUAUCAGACUGGUUUCAAACUGGUUUUCAGACUGGUUUCUCACUGGUUUUCAGACUGGUUCAGACUUUUUCAGACUGGUAUCAGAUUGGUUUCAGACUGGUUUAGACUGGUUCUCCUUGGUGUGUGUGUUUUUGCUGUGUGACAGAAUGUGUGUUUAUAAUGUUUGUGUGCUGCAUUCAGGAUCAGUUUGUAAAUAUGAGGGUUUUUGAGACUUCAGCAUGAGUUUAUUUUUAUAAAGGUGAUUUUAAAAUAUGUUUUAAAGAUGAUGAAAAACAAUCUGAGUUUACGUUUAAAAACUCAGAACACUCACUGCAGUGUGUGUGCUGGUGGGUGUGUGUGUGUGGGGGGGGUGCUUGUUGGAAAUACCUCAAACUUCCUUGCUGAUGCCCUUCUGUCACCAUGACAUCAUUCUCAAUCAGGAAGAAAACAGGAGGUGGGAUUUUUUUACUUCCUGAUUGUUUUAUUUUGAAAUCACCAGUGAGUGUGAUGUAAUUUCAUGGGAUUUUUUUUAUGUUAUGGGAUGUUCAAGGUUCCUGUAAUGUGAUGAGUUCAAAGUCCUCUAUAAAAAUCAGUGAUGAGAAAGUUGUGAAUGAACAUGUGAGACAUGGAUGUUGGUGACCGAUCUCUUAUUCCUACACACACACACGCGCGCACACACGCACACACGCACAUACGCACACACACACACAUACGCAUCAGCAGAAGCAGCGGGGCCGAUGAAGACUCUGCUCACUGUUUUUUAUCUAUUAUAUUUUGUAAAAAAUUAUGUUUGUGAUUUUAUUUAUUUAAACUGAAUAUUUUCACCCUGCUGUUCUGACCAUCGCUAUGGUGCGUUCAAUGUCUGUCGGCAGUUUGAAUUACAGUCUGAGGGCUUCUGUUGAUUAUUGUACAGAGGAAAUAAAGUGGCUGACUCAC